AGUUCUCAUGUUAAAAUUGUUAUAGGUUAUGACACGAUAUAUAUCAAAUCCAGAUAAUUUAAAAUUGAUGAUGAACAUGCUGAAGGAAAAGUCUCGCAAUAUACAGUUUGAGGCUUUUCAUGUUUUCAAGGUAUUUGUGGCGAAUCCCAACAAACCAAAACCUAUUCUAGACAUAUUGCUCCGCAAUCAGGAGAAGCUGAUAGAGUUCCUGACGCGCUUCCACACGGAUCGUUCUGAAGACGAGCAGUUCAACGAUGAGAAGGCGUAUCUGAUUAAGCAGAUCAAAGAACUUAAGUCUGUACAUGAUAAUUAAGUCAAGGAAAUACAAUUAUUGCUACCGCUACGACUAACUACCAUCAUUGAGUGUUUUCCAGCAAUGUUUACACAGUGACACUGUGUAACACAGGGUGCGCUUUCAUGCUUUUCAAUUGUGACACAAACGUACAACUAAGAUACUGUGUUCGACUGUGUCAAUUUAUAUCACUUCAUUUAAAUAUCAAAUUUUUGUAUUUCAUUACUAUUUAGUUUCCUAGGAGUAAUAUUUCAAUAAGAGGUGUUGUACUAAGUUUAAGAUUAUAUUCGGACGUAGGUGAUAUGAAACUUUUUUCUUUAUUUCAUUCUGGUGGUGAAAUAAAAAAGCUAAGCAAUGGCUGCGUUCAGCAGAGAAAAUUAAUCAGUUUUAGCGCUGAAUGAUUUUUUAAUAUGAUUGGUUCUUGUUUUAGUUUUUCGCUGAAUCUAAGUGUAGAAAUCAAUCAUAUUAAAGAAUCACUAAGCACUGAUUAGUUUCCUCUGUUGAACGAAACCAAUGUUUCAGUUAUAACUCGACACUCUGUAUUACUAUGUCAUACAGUGUAUAAUUGUGUUUCAUUGCUAGAAAGCACUCAUUACUAGAAUCUACUGCUGCUGUUGCUAAUUACGGUUUUAUCACCAUUAUAUAAUUAUAAUUCUUCAUCA